AUGAAUGACCAGGAAGAUAAACCAACAACCGAUAUCCAGAGCAUUCAUGCCAAUAACCCUGCUGAAUGGAACCUGAACAGUGUUCUCCCAGAUACUGGCAAGCCAUGGUACAAGCAGCGUCACCUUUUGCUUCUCAAUCUUGGGAUGAUCAUUCCCUAUCUAUCCUCGACGACCAAUGGCUAUGAUGGAUCUAUGCUCAAUGGUCUGCAGUCAAUGAGCCAGUGGCAGGAAUUUUUCGGCAGUCCAACUGGUACCCGUCUGGGAUCACUUUCCAACGGGGUGAUCUUCGGUCAGAUCCUCGCUUUCCCCGUCGCUCCUUGGCUCUGCGACCACACGGGCCGACGAUUCCCGAUCUUCAUCGGAUCGGCACUCCUGGUAAUUGGGGCUGUUCUGCAAUGUGCCGCGCAGAACUAUGCCAUGUUUUUGAUCGCCCGUAUGGUGAUCGGAUUCGGUGGUCUGAUCGCCGUCGAAGCGUCGCCAAUGUUGGUUAGUGAAUUGGCAUAUCCGACCCAUCGAUCUGUUUUGGUCGGCUAUUAUAACAACCUGUGGUACCUCGGAGCAUUACUUGCCGCAUGGAUUACAUACGGAACCUACUUCAUGGGUCCAAAUAUGUCAUGGGCCUGGCGCAUUCCGUCCCUUCUGCAGGGGUUCUUUCCCCUGUUGCAAGUGCUUUUUGUCUAUCUCAUCCCAGAGUCACCCCGAUACCUCGUGCAGAAAGACCGCUAUGACGAAGCCCGAAAGGUGUUGACGAAGUACCACGCUGGUGGAGAUGAGAACUCCCCGCUGGUCGACUUCGAGAUGAAAGAGAUCAUAUUAUCAAUCCAGACCGCGAAAGGAGGUUCUCGAACUGGGUAUCUUGAGUUCCUAAGCACACGUGGUAACUUGCAUCGCCUUUUUAUUAUCAUUGCAGUGCCAUGCAUGAUGCAGCUUUCGGGCAACGGUCUGAUUGCCUACUAUCUUCACCUCAUUCUCAACUCAAUUGGCUUCACCUCGGAUCCGCAACAGCUGCGGAUAAACGGUGGCCUGACAGUGUUCAACUUGGGGGUCUCGAUCAUUCUAGCCUCGCUUAUGGAGGUGGCCGGUCGACGACGUCUCUUCCUUUUCUCGACAGUGGGAAUGUUGACCUGCUACGUGAUAUGGACAAUUCUGUCCGCAAUCAACGAACAGCGAGAUUUCAAAGAUGGAACUCUGGGCACUGGGGUGGUUGUGAUGAUCUUUAUGUAUCAGCUUUUCUACAACGCUGGUCUCAAUGGACCACCCUGGGUCUAUGUCACUGAAGUGCUUCCUACUCACCUCCGUGCCAAAGGAACGAAUAUCAUGCAAAUUGCGUCGACAUGUGUUAUUCUCUUCAAUGGAUAUGCUAAUCCCGUGGCAAUGGACGCGAUCAGCUGGAAAUACUAUAUUGUAUAUUGCUGCGUGAUUGCAGUUGAGAUCGCGCUUGUCUAUUUCGGGUUCCCUGAGACCAAGGGUCACAGUUUGGAAGAGGUUGCAUUGAUUUUCGAUGGAGAAAAGGCUUUCGGUGAUGUUCCUGAGAAAGAAACCUCGGCUGGAGCUUGA